GCGCUGUGUUGGGCAGUUUCCCGGAUGAGGAAGUGAAGCGUUGACAGGGCUGGGUUCUGUGAGUGAAUCGAAGCCGAACCGAGUCCAUACCGAGCCGAAAGAACACUCGAACCCGCCGCCGCAGAGCCGCCAGCGCCGCACACACCACGAUACAGCGCCGCAGACAUGAAUGACCAGCAGUUGGACUGUGCUCUGGAUCUCAUGAGGCGUUUGCCUCCACAACAGAUCGAGAAGAACCUCAGUGACCUCAUCGACCUGGUGCCCGGUCUGUGUGAGGAUCUGUUGUCGUCAGUGGAUCAGCCUCUGAAGAUCGCGCGUGAUAAAGUGGUGGGAAAAGACUAUCUGCUGUGUGAUUAUAACCGCGAUGGCGACUCCUACAGAUCUCCCUGGAGUAAUAAAUACGAGCCGCCGAUAGACGAUGGUGCCAUGCCGUCUGCUCGCCUGCGUAAGCUGGAGGUGGAAGCCAACAACGCCUUCGACCAGUACCGAGAUCUGUAUUUUGAGGGCGGGGUUUCCUCCGUGUAUCUGUGGGAUCUGGAUCACGGCUUCGCUGGAGUCAUCCUCAUUAAGAAAGCAGGUGACGGAUCCAAGAAGAUCAAAGGAUGCUGGGACUCCAUCCAUGUGGUGGAGGUGCAGGAAAAAUCCAGCGGCCGUACGGCUCAUUAUAAACUCACAUCGACGGUCAUGCUGUGGCUGCAGACCACCAAAACCGGCUCUGGAACCAUGAACCUGGGCGGCAGUCUCACCAGACAGAUGGAGAAGGACGAGACGGUUGGUGAAUCUUCCCCUCACAUCGCUAACAUCGGUCGUCUGGUGGAGGACAUGGAGAAUAAGAUUCGAUCCACUCUGAACGAGAUUUACUUCGGCAAGACCAAAGACAUUGUCAACGGACUGAGAUCUAUCGAGUCUCUUCCUGACAAUCAAAAGUAUCGUCAGCUGCAGCGCGAGCUCUCUCAGGUUCUGACCCAGCGUCAGAUCUACAUUGACUAGGGUCAGAGGAGCGUUCAGACGCUGGCGGAUAAAUCGAAGCAGGAUGCCCUGAAGAACGAUCUGAUGAUUGCGCUUAGCCAACGCAAACAGCAAAGCUAGAGACCACACCUUCCUGUCUCACUCUCUCUCUGUCUCACUCGCUCUCUGUCUGUCUGUCUCACUCUCUCUGUCUCUCCACCUCACGUCUGUCUGUCCAUCAAAGGAAAAGGAGAAAAGGCAACGCUUUUAGUUUUUGUAUUUUCAGCUGAAGUUUCGAUGCACCUGUCUGUCUCUCCGGUCUGUAAUCAUGUAGUAUUAAGACAGUGCAGGCUUGUUUCUGUCUGAUUGCUCAUCACCGUGGGGGCGGAGCUUCUCUCUCGCCACCUGAAGAUGACGUUUUAUAAGUAGUUUCACCCCCAAAACACGAGGAGUCCCAGAGAGGCGGGUUAGAUAUAUAAAUAUAUAUAAAUAUACACAUGUAUGUAUUAUGAACAUUAAUAUUAUUCUUGCUGUUAAUAUUAAACUCUGCUUGUGUCAACACAGGUGUGUGUGUGUGUGUGUGUGUGUGUGUGUGUAAGCAGAAACAUAUUCCUCUCACUCCAUCUGGGAGAGUCAGACUGUUUCGUUGUUUUCUUUGGGGUGGAUUAUAAUUUGUCAAGUUUUACUUUUGUUUUUGUAACGCUUACGGUUUGUUGUAGAAGGGCCUCCAGCAACAAUAAAAACAUGAAAACUGUAA